AUGCGGUUUUUUCUUCUCUUCAUCCUCUUUGCCGUUGAAACUGUGGACAGUCGCGGAGGUCGAAGAGGAGGGAAAGGGAAGGGGAAGAGUAAUCUACAAUUUGCACAAGUAGCGGAGUUCUCACUGAUUCAUACACAACUGGCUGAUAACCGAAGUGCACAUAUAGUCACCGGAUCUCACUUCAGUCAAACGUUCCGACUCGGAUAUAAACUGAUAUUGAUAUGCAAGGCAAAAGGAGACCCACGGCCAACUAUCAAAUGGUACAAGGAAGGAGCAGAAUUACAUCCAAAACACAACGUUCACUAUUACGAAAAACCUCUGGCUGACGACAUGUUAUGGAGCAAACUGGAAAUUGAUUUGCCAGCUAUACUAAAGGUAAGCAAGGUAGAACUCCUCGGAACAAGCACCUUCGCUUUCUGCGGAGUCUCUUCAAAAAUGUUGUGCUUCUCCACAUUACUGUAUCUUGCUGAGAGGUACUGGAAACGGCAGUGCCUCUGGUCAACAGAUAACGUUUUUUGGAUUGGCAUACUGUCGCAAAAAAUUUAA